AUGGUCCGUUUCGGGGACGAGCUGCCCGGGCGCUAUGGAGGAGCGGGCCCGGCGGGCGGCGGCCGGGGCGGCGGUGGGGCCGGGGCCGGGCCCGGGGGCCUGCAGCCCGGCCAACGCGUGCUUUACAAACAGUCCAUCGCGCAGCGGGCCCGCACUAUGGCCCUGUACAACCCCAUCCCCGUCAAGCAGAACUGCUUCACAGUCAACCGUUCACUCUUCAUCUUCAGCGAGGACAACGUCGUCCGCAGAUACGCCAAGCGCGUCACAGAAUGGCCUCCCUUUGAGUACAUGAUCCUGGCCACUAUCAUUGCCAAUUGUAUCGUCUUAGCUCUGGAGCAACACCUUCCUGAUGGAGACAAGACUCCCAUGUCUGAGAGGCUGGAUGACACUGAGCCCUAUUUCAUUGGGAUAUUUUGUUUUGAGGCUGGGAUCAAAAUCAUCGCUUUGGGCUUCGUUUUCCACAAGGGCUCAUAUCUGAGGAACGGUUGGAACGUGAUGGAUUUCGUAGUAGUCCUCACAGGGAUUCUGGCUACCGCUGGCACUGAGUUUGACCUCCGCACCCUCCGAGCUGUGAGAGUGUUAAGACCAUUGAAGCUGGUAUCAGGGAUUCCAAGCCUCCAGGUUGUGCUCAAGUCCAUCAUGAAGGCAAUGGUGCCCCUGCUGCAAAUCGGCCUCCUGCUCUUCUUCGCCAUUGUCAUGUUUGCCAUCAUUGGACUUGAGUUUUAUAUGGGCAAGUUCCACAAAGCCUGCUUCCCCAAUAACACAGCGGACCCACACUCAGACCCUGUAGGAGACUUCCCCUGUGGCACUGAUGCCUCAGCCCGACAGUGUGAGAAUGGCUACAUCUGCCGGGAAUACUGGCGUGGUCCCAACUUUGGUAUUACCAACUUCGACAACAUCCUUUUUGCGAUCCUGACCGUGUUCCAGUGUAUCACGAUGGAAGGCUGGACAGACAUCCUCUACAACACUAAUGAUGCAGCAGGAAAUACCUGGAACUGGCUUUAUUUCAUCCCUCUCAUCAUCAUUGGAUCUUUCUUCAUGCUCAACCUGGUUCUGGGAGUGCUCUCAGGGGAAUUUGCCAAAGAGAGAGAGAGGGUAGAAAACCGUCGGGCUUUUCUGAAGCUCCGCAGGCAGCAGCAGAUUGAACGAGAGCUUAACGGUUACUUGGAGUGGAUCUUCAAGGCUGAGGAGGUCAUGUUGGCGGAAGAGGACAAGAACGCAGAUGAGAAGUCCCCUUUGGAUGCAGUGCUGAAGAGAGCAGCCACCAAGAAAAGUAAAAAUGAUUUGAUCCAUGCUGAAGAAGGGGACGAUCGCUUCGCAGACCUCUGCUCUGUGGGUUCUCCGUUUGCUAGAGCUAGUUUGAAGAGUGGGAAGAAUGACAGCUCCUCCUAUUUCCGGAGGAAAGAGAAGAUGUUCCGCUUCUUCAUCCGUCGCAUGGUGAAAGCCCAGACCUUCUACUGGAUCGUCCUCUGUGUCGUGGCAUUGAACACACUGUGUGUGGCUAUGGUGCACUAUGACCAGCCACAAAGACUCACCAAUGCUUUGUAUUUUGCAGAAUUUGUUUUCCUGGGUCUCUUCCUCACUGAGAUGUCUCUGAAGAUGUAUGGCCUGGGGCCCAGAAAUUAUUUCCAUUCAUCCUUCAACUGCUUUGACUUUGGGGUCAUCGUUGGAAGCAUUUUUGAAGUCAUCUGGGCAGCGAUCAAGCCGGGGACUUCAUUUGGAAUCAGUGUGCUGAGGGCUCUCCGGCUGCUGAGGAUUUUCAAAGUCACAAAGUAUUGGAAUUCCCUUCGGAACUUGGUGGUCUCCUUGCUGAACUCCAUGAAAUCCAUCAUCAGCCUGCUCUUCCUUCUCUUUCUGUUCAUUGUGGUUUUCGCCCUGCUGGGGAUGCAGCUCUUUGGAGGACAGUUCAAUUUUAGAGACGAGACCCCGAACACCAACUUUGACACUUUUCCGGCUGCAAUUCUCACUGUAUUCCAGAUCCUUACUGGAGAAGACUGGAACGUGGUCAUGUAUCAUGGGAUAGAGUCCCAAGGGGGAGUCAGCAAAGGAAUGUUCUCUUCUUUCUAUUUUAUCAUCCUGACACUGUUCGGAAACUACACCCUUCUGAAUGUCUUCCUGGCUAUCGCUGUGGACAAUCUUGCCAAUGCCCAGGAACUGACCAAGGAUGAGGAAGAAUUGGAGGAAGCAGCCAAUCAGAAGCUUGCUUUGCAGAAGGCCAAGGAGGUCGCUGAAGUCAGCCCCCUGUCUGCUGCCAACAUCUCCAUAGCAGCUUUUGUAAAGCAAAAUCGAGGCACUGUAUCUCGCAGCUCAUCCGCCUCCAGCGUAAAUUCACCCAAGCAGCAGAACUCGGCCAAGGCCAGGUCUGUGUGGGAGCAGCGCACGAGUCAGAUCCGGCUGCACAAUUUCCAGGCCAGCUGCGAGGCCCUGUACAGCGAGAUGGCCCCGGAGGAGCGCCUCCGCUACACCACCACCCUCCACAUCCGUCCCGACAUGAAGACGCACCUGGACAGACCCCUGGUGGUGGAGCCCCGCAGAGAAGAAGGGGUCCGGGCCCCGGGAGGCAAAGCGGGGACCGGGGAGGGGCUGGAGGCCUCGGAGCCGACCAAGGUGUCCCCCAGCGCGGCUGCGGAGGGCCCCGAGAUGCCCCGCAAGCACCACCGGCACAGGGAGAAGGAGAAGGAGAAGGAAAAGACAGGGGCUGGGGAGCAGGAGAAGGGAGAAGGUGUCAGGGAGGAAAAUGGGGAGUCGGGGGUCGCCAGUAAGGAGGAGCGGCACCGGCAGCGCCGGAGCAGAAGCAAGGAGACUGGGGGCAACAAAGAGGGGAAAUGCGAACGUUCCCGGGGCCAGGAGGGCGGCCGGAGGCACCACCGCCGGGGUUCCGUGGAGGACGUCACCGCCGAGAAGGAGCACCGGCGGCACCGGGCCCACCGGCACUCAGCAGAGCCGCCGGGCAAAGAGGGCAACGGCACCGUCAGUGGGGCCAAGCCCGAGCGUCGGGCGCGCCAUCGGGGGGGCUCCCGCUCGGGGACCCGGGAAGGAGAGCCUGGGCCCAAGGGAGAGAAUGGAGAGGAGCCUCCCCGGAGGCAUAAGACCCGGCACAAAGCCCUCUCCAUGUACGACUCGGUGGAAAAGGAACCUGGAGAGAGGGACGGGGAGCCUCCGGAGAAAGAGAUGCGGAAUCACCAGCCCAAGGAGAACCAAUGUGAGGCGGAGGCCAGUGGUGGGAUGGUGACCAUCCCCAUUCACACACUGCCCAGUACCUGUCUGCAGAAGGUGAGCGAGCAGCCGGAAGACGCAGAUAACCAGAAGAAUGUGCAUCGCAUGACCCAACCAUCCCUGGAGACCCUCACCAUACGCAUCCCAGUGACCCUGACUGCCCCUGGAGAGACCACAGUGGUUCCAAUGAACAACGUUGACUUUGAAGGUAAAAUGGAAGAGAAGAAGGACGUAGAAGCUGGUGACGUGACAAGAAGUGGACCCCGUCCAAUUCUCCCCUAUAGCUCCAUGUUCUGCUUAAGCCCCACCAACCUACUCCGGCGUGCCUGCCACUACAUAGUGAAUAUGCGUUACUUUGAAAUGGUCAUCCUCGGGGUCAUCGCCCUCAGCAGCAUUGCUCUGGCUGCUGAGGAUCCAGUACAGGCCGACUCGCCCAGGAACAACGUUCUCAAGUACAUGGAUUACAUUUUCACUGGGGUCUUCACCUUUGAGAUGGUAAUCAAGAUGAUUGACCUGGGGCUGCUGCUUCAUCCUGGCUCUUAUUUCCGAGACCUGUGGAACAUUCUGGACUUCAUUGUGGUCAGUGGGGCCCUGGUGGCUUUUGCCUUCUCGAGCUUUAUGGGAGGAAAAGGGAAAGACAUCAGCACAAUCAAGUCACUGCGAGUACUCCGAGUCCUGAGACCUCUGAAGACCAUCAAACGUUUGCCAAAACUAAAGGCUGUGUUUGACUGUGUGGUAAACUCCCUGAAGAAUGUCCUCAAUAUCCUCAUUGUCUACAUGCUCUUCAUGUUCAUCUUUGCCGUCAUUGCUGUGCAGCUCUUCAAAGGAAAAUUCUUCUAUUGCACAGAUGAAUCCAAAGAGCUUCAGAGGGAUUGCAGGGGUCAGUAUUUGGAUUAUGAAAAGGACGAAGUGGAGGCUCAACCCAGACAAUGGAAGAAAUAUGACUUUCACUAUGACAAUGUGCUUUGGGCUUUGCUGACUCUUUUCACAGUGUCUACAGGAGAAGGGUGGCCAACGGUACUGAAGCAUUCGGUGGAUGCAACAUAUGAAGAACAGGGUCCAAGUCCUGGCUUCCGGAUGGAACUGUCAAUCUUCUACGUGGUCUACUUUGUUGUGUUUCCCUUUUUCUUCGUCAAUAUCUUUGUGGCAUUGAUCAUCAUCACCUUCCAGGAGCAGGGAGACAAAGUGAUGUCAGAAUGCAGCUUGGAGAAGAAUGAGAGGGCUUGCAUAGACUUUGCCAUCAGUGCCAAGCCCCUGACCCGUUACAUGCCUCAGAACAAGCAGUCCUUCCAGUACAAGACAUGGACCUUUGUGGUGUCUCCACCCUUUGAGUAUUUCAUCAUGGCCAUGAUCGCCCUCAACACGGCCGUCUUGAUGAUGAAGUUCUAUGGUGCCCCCUAUGAGUAUGAAAUGAUGCUGAAGGGCUUGAAUAUUGUAUUCACUUCAAUGUUCUCUAUGGAGUGUGUGCUGAAGAUCAUCGCCUUUGGGGUGCUGAAUUAUUUCAGAGAUGCCUGGAAUGUUUUUGAUUUUGUAACAGUAUUGGGAAGUAUUACUGAUAUUUUAGUAACAGAGAUUGCGGAAACGAACAACUUCAUCAAUCUCAGCUUCUUGCGGCUCUUUCGGGCAGCCCGACUCAUUAAACUGCUUCGCCAGGGAUAUACUAUCCGAAUUCUCCUGUGGACCUUUGUUCAGUCCUUCAAGGCUCUGCCGUAUGUCUGCUUACUCAUCGCCAUGCUCUUCUUCAUCUACGCCAUCAUUGGCAUGCAGGUCUUUGGAAACAUUGCUCUUGAUGAUGAAACGAAUAUCAACCGGCACAACAAUUUCCGGACAUUCCUGCAAGCCCUGAUGCUGCUGUUCAGGAGUGCUACAGGGGAAGCCUGGCAUGAGAUCAUGUUGUCAUGUCUUAGUGACCGUCCCUGUGAUCCUGAAACCAAACUAAAAGAUGAAUGUGGGAGUGACUUUGCUUACUUUUACUUCGUCUCCUUCAUUUUCCUCUGCUCCUUUCUGAUGCUGAAUCUCUUUGUGGCAGUGAUUAUGGAUAAUUUUGAGUACCUGACUCGAGACUCUUCCAUCCUAGGACCUCAUCACCUGGACGAAUUUAUUCGGGUCUGGGCUGAAUAUGACCCAGCUGCAUGUGGGCGCAUCAGUUACAGUGACAUGUUUGAGAUGCUGAAACACAUGUCCCCACCCCUCGGCCUGGGAAAGAAAUGCCCUGCUCGAGUUGCCUAUAAGCGCCUGGUGCGAAUGAACAUGCCCAUCUCCAAUGAGGACAUGACUGUGCACUUCACUUCCACCUUGAUGGCCCUCAUCCGGACGGCUCUGGACAUCAAGCUUGCACCAGCGGGGAUGAAACAGCAUCAGUGUGAUGCAGAACUGAGGAAAGAGAUUGCAUCUGUUUGGGCUAAUCUGCCCCAGAAGACACUGGACUUACUGGUGCCUCCACAUAAACCUGAUGAGAUGACUGUAGGAAAAGUCUACGCAGCUCUGAUGAUUUUUGACUUCUACAAGCAGAACAAAAACACCCGAGAUCAAGGUCACCAGCCUCCGACAGGUCCUGUGUCUCUGUUCCAUACCCAAGGCCAACCAGCUGUGCUCCGAGGUGCUAGAGUGUUCUUGAAACAGAAAAGUUCAACCUCCCUAAGCAAUGGUGGAGCCUUACCACACCCAGGGAGUGGUAUCAAGGAGUCUGUCUCAUGGGGCACCCAGCGCACCCAGGAUAUCUGCUAUGAGACCAGGAUGCCCCUGGAACGUGGUCAUUCUGCAGAAAUUCCUGUGGGACAACCUAGCAAACAAGCUGUGGAGAUGCAAGAAAUGGCUCAGGAUGCCACCAGUGGAGAACCCCAGCCAGGGCUGGAAAGUCAGGGCCGAGCGGCCUCCAUGCCCCGCCUGGCUGCAGAGAUGCAGAGGAGCCAAGCGCGAUCGCCUGGGAGUUACCUAGCACCCAUUCCAGACACAAGCCCCAUGAAGCGUUCCAUCUCCACCUUGGCCCCACAGCGCCCACAUGGCUCACACCUUUAUGAAUAUGGUCUGGAACGCGUAUCCUCAGGCCAGCCUCAGCAUCAUCACCAUCAUCGCUGUCACCGGCGCAGGGAUAAGAAGCAGAAGUCUUUGGACAAAUGCACUAGUCAGUCAGCAGAUGGAGAUGGGGCACCAAACCAUAGUGUGGGGAUGGCAGCUCCAUCAGGGGAAGGUCCAGCCCCAUGUAAGCAUGAGAGGAAGCAAGAAAGAGGGCGAUCCCAGGAGCGGAAGCAGCUCUCUUCCUCCUCUUCAGAGAAGCAGCGUUUCUAUUCUUGUGACCGAUUUGGGAGCCGGGACCCAUCACAGCCCAAAUCCUCCAAUGGAAGUCGUCCUACAUCACCUCCUGGGCAGGAGCCAGGUCCCCACAGACAGGGUAGUGGUUCAGUUAAUGGGAGCCCCUUGCUGUCAACAUCUGGUGCUAGUACACCGGGCCGUGGUGGGCGGAGGCAGCUCCCCCAGACACCUCUGACCCCCCGUCCCAGCAUCACAUACAAGACUGCGAACUCCUCGCCCGUCCACUUCACCGGUUUCCAGACCAGCCUGCCCACCUUCUCCCCGGGACGGCUCAGUCGAGGCCUUUCUGAGCACAACACCCUGCUCCAGAGGGAUUCUCUGAGCCAGCCGCCAACCCCAGUGUCUCGGAUUGGCUCGGACCCAUACCUGGGGCACCGUGACCACAGCGAUUCCUCGUACCGGGCCCUGCCCGAGGACACACUCACUUUUGAGGAAGCCGUCGCCACCAACUCGGGCCGCUCAUCGAGGACUUCCUACGUGUCCUCUCUAACAUCCCAGUCCCACCAUCUCCGUCGUGUGCCCAAUGGUUACCACUGCAGUCUGGGGCUCAGCUCCGGCCCCGGGACUGGCGGUGGCAGGGCCCGGCAGAGUUAUUAUCACCAAACCGACGAAGAUGACUGGUGCUAGCAUCCCAGCAAAAACACACAGCAUACACCCAACUUGGCAGGUCUGUGUGUGUUACAGUUGAUGAGUUUUAUCAUCUGAAAGCUGGGUCCUUCCCUCCCCCAAACCCCGAGUGUGCUCGGGACUGCAGAGGCAAUUAGCAUGAUGACACAGAAGGAGCUUGCCCCCAAGACUGCUCUUUGGGGGAAAUCUGCUGCUUUUUUAUGUCUCCCUCUCUCCCACUUUCCACUCUCUAUGUGUCUCUGUCUCUGUGCCUCUUUGUUUUUCUCUCUCUGCCUUUA